GACACUAUAUCUGUAAUCUGUAUUCUGUAGUUAACAUUCCGAAUCGAUGAAAAUUGUUCGUUGUUACUAUACAUUUUCAUAAAUUAAAACGAUGUAAUAUUAUUAUUAUUUCAUCUAAAUUCGUUCAGUUACUUUGUUUGUUGGUGAUUAAUUCCUUCAAUAAUAGUUGCAUAUGCCUACAUUUUAGUGUUCAUUCCAAGAGAAACAAUGGUGUAUUUUUUAAUAUGAAUGUAAUGAAGAAUAUAUUUUAAGCAAAUAGCUCCUACAUAAAAAUGGGAAUCUACGGUGUGUACAUUGUAUCAAAAUCAGGGGGAUUGAUAUUUAAUUACGAUUACACAGUGCCCAAAAUCGAAACCGAACAAACAUUUGGUUAUCCGCUAGAUCUAAAACUAUCUUGUGAAAACAACAGACUAUUAGUUUCGUUUGGUCAACGAGACAGCAUCAAAGUUGGUCAUGUAUUACUAGCAAUCAAUGGAGUUCCUGUUUCCGGUAGAAAACUGGAAGAUGGCAAAGAUGCAAUAGAAAUGUUAGAUGAUGCUACUAAUUAUCCACUUAAUUUGAAAUUUGGUCGGCCCAAAAUGACUAUCAAUGAAAAGAUAUUCUUAGCUAGUAUGUUUUAUCCAUUAUUUGCCAUUGCAUCACAAUUGAGCCCAGAACCCAGGAGUUCUGGAAUUGAAACUUUAGAAGCUGAUACCUUCAAACUCCAAUGUUUUCAAACUCUGACUGGAGUGAAAUUUAUGGUAAUUGCUGAUCCAACACAUUUAGGCCUCGAACAACUUUUAAAGAAAAUUUAUGAAAUAUACGCAGACUUUGCUCUAAAGAAUCCAUUUUAUUCCUUAGAAAUGCCUAUCCGAUGUGAAUUGUUUGAUACUAAUUUACAAGCACUUUUGGAACAAGCAGAUAAAAAUGGUAUUAAUAGCAUUUAAUUGUAUGAGUACUUUAUUUUUAUCUAUACUUAAUUAUAUUUUACAAAAUCUUUUGUAUUCAAAAUUAAAAAUCAUAGGCAAAUAUCAUAUUGAUAAUAGAAGUGUACUGUUUCAAAUUAUUAACUGUGAUUGAAUUAUUCUUAAUCAUAACCUUUUAAAUUAUAAUUUAAACAUUGUAACAUUAUUAUAAACCUAAGCCUAAUAUUCAACAUCAUUAAAAAGUUAU